AUGCCCGAAGUGACUGGCAUAGAGACGAUCGGUGUCUCACCACCACCUAGAACAAUGAUGGUGGUUAAAGAUAGCCAUGAUCUUCAAAUGUGUCUUUGGUUGGCUGGCUCGCGUUAUCCGAUUGUAUCGUACCGUCCUGUAUUUCAUGAAGCAUGGGAUAGAGAUUUACCUUGCCAAAAUCCAGAGGAGGGAAAUGAAAAUUACCCGUGCAGCGAACGGUUCGCUUAUAAGUCAGUAACAUACACGGGAGAGGUGAUCCACGAAUUUUAA